AUUUUCGUGUUCAGUUUUGAUUCAGUUCGCUUUCAGUUUGUCAACGCGUCGCAUGCGUGUGUCUAAAUAUUUUCUGUGUUGAGCAAUAGUCGAAGUUCUUCUAUUACGAAGAAAAUUUGCAUGGAAAUCAAGUGAAAAGUGGAAAAGUCAGUGUGAAAACAAAAACGCAGAAAAGCAAAAAUACUUAUAUCAAGCUGCAGUUCGCCCUCGUUCAAAGACAAACAACAAGUUGUUAACCCUUUAAGCCAUGUCGCCCUACGCCAACUGUGUGCUUUUGCUGGGGUUGUUUUUCCUGGCGCUUAAUUUGAAUGCAGCUUCUGCCGUGUUGCGCUGUUGGCGCUGUUCGACAGAUGUGUCCAAUGGGGAGUUUUGCAACGAUCCCUUCCAGCCGGACAGCAUCUCGGAGCAGCAGCGCUAUUGGAGCUAUGUGAAUUGCACCUAUUCGGUGGGUGUUAAGUCGGUGAAUGCGCGUCCGGUGUGCAAGAAACUAGUGCAGGAAGUCUAUGGGAAGCGAGUGAUUGUACGUUCCUGUUUUUAUGAGGAUAUUGGCGAUGCGGCAGACAAGUGCGCCAUGGAUACAACCUCGUCCUACACCAAGACCAUUUAUUGCCGCACGUGCACCACGGAUGGUUGCAACUCGGCUGGCGGUUUGUCGGGUUUGAUGGGACUUUUGGUGCUGCCGCUUCUUGCCGCACUGAGGCAGCUAUGCAAAUGAGCAAUUGACUGGAGGAAACUGCACUUAAUUGCACGAAUGUAAAAUGAAUUUCAUGUUGAGAGUCCUUCGAGCAAUAUAAUAAAACAAACAAAAAUUACAAUGGAUAAACAACAUUUUCAAAUUUUGUCUAAUUAAAUCGCGUUAUUUUAAUUUAUUUCUUUAAAUUGCAAAAGGUAUUCACAAUUGACAGUCACUUUGCUUCAAGUUCACAAUAUGCACAAAAGCCAGUCACAUUCGCUAUAUAUAUACCAUUAAAAAUAUCACAAAUCUAUAGGGAACGUUAAUUGUAAAUGUUAUGUAGCUGUAGGGCAUCAAAGGUUUCUACUUGGCCAGCCUUAGGCAAAACAGUAAAUUAUAUUUAAAAGUUUAAACACACACAAACAAUCACAAAUUGGUUAUCAUAUUCAGUAUUUGCAUAAUGGACACACAUAAAGUACACACACAUACACACACAUUCAUAGGUAUAUGUAUAUUAUCAUAUAUGUAUAACUUUGUAAUAUUGUAAUACUUAUUGUAACUCUAAUUGAAACACUUUUUUAAUGGUGUAUUACAAAUAAAAGGAUUAGAUCUUACGAAAA